ACAUAACCAAGCCAAUAAAAUAAUCCAGCUAACCCUUAACCAUUCCUUUCUUUUUUUUCCUCAUUUCCUUCCUUUUACUAUAUGGACUACGCCAACAAUAAAUCAUUCAAUUUUUUCUCAGAAAAUUAAAAGGCCUAGCCACCAUGUCUAAUAACGAGUUCUUGUUCCAGAGUGGAAACAAACAACAUGAACCCCGAGCGUUUGCGAAAGGGUUCAUGCUCUUUGGUGUUAGAGUGAUGGAAGGUACUGCUGCUACUGGUGGUUCAUUUAGGAAAAGUGCUAGCAUGAACAAUCUAGCUUUGUUGGACACUGAGCAGCAGCGUCAAGAUCAUUCUAACGCCGGAUAUGCUUCUGAUGACGUUGUUCAUCCUUCUGCUAGGAGUCGUGAACGUAAACGAGGAGUGCCAUGGACAGAGGAAGAGCACAAACUAUUCUUGCUAGGAUUGCAGAAAGUAGGAAAGGGUGAUUGGAGAGGAAUUUCUAGAAACUUCGUCAAAUCAAGGACUCCAACUCAGGUGGCCAGUCAUGCCCAAAAAUAUUUCCUCCGGCGAAACAACAGUAACCGCCGACGCCGGAGGUCCAGUCUUUUUGACAUCACCACUGAUACUGUUCAGGGUGUUGCUAAAUUGGAAGAUAAUAAACAAAUGAUCAAUUGCCCGAUGUCAGCUUUCCGGCUCGAUCCGCCGGCAAUGUUACCGGCUACCGGAGAUAGUUCGACGGAGAGUUUCACGAUAGGAAUGAACAAAUCCUUGGAGGCCAUUAGGCCAAUACCAGCUCUUCCUGUCCUUCCAUCAUCAAAAAUGGCAGAUCUCAAUUUAAACCUGUCCACGUCAGCAUCGGGUGAAAAAUCGACGACGACGCCACCGAGGGCUUUCCAGCCAGCAAUGUCCGGUGGCUUCAAUGGUAGCACUAGUGGGGAUAGUAUAAUUAGUGUGGCUUGAAGAAUAAGGAUUCUUAUUCUUAAUUAAUUUAAGAUAUGUGUGAUGUAAUUAAGUCAAGAUAUUAAUUAGUGGGAUUAGAUUAUAGAGAAAAAAUAUUAAUUAGGUGAUUGAUGAUGAUGAUUGCUUUUGUUUUGUGUAUAGAGAGAUAUGGUGUCGUUUUCAGUUGUUGUGAAGAUUUUGUUGUUUAGUUUAUUUUGUGGUCGUAGGUGAUUACAGCACAAACCAAGUUGCUACUGUCCUUGUCAAAGCCACUCACACUUUAUUUGGUGUUGUUAUAUAAUGUAAUAAAGGGAAAAGUAAUUGAAAUAGACUUGUUUGUUUUUAGAAAUUAAAUUCAAUUUUUGUUCUUGUCU